CCUCACCUGUACGGCGCUUUUCACUUCAGUUGGAGGGCGCUGGGCUGACAACUGUCAUAAACGAGACCUAGACUAUAGUAUGUUAUUCUGAAACACCUAGUUUAGUUCAGUUAUCAUGUUUGAAAUUGUAGCAUACUUGUAUGAUUCAGAACUUGUCGCAAAGUUCCAGAGAAAAUGCGGUUUGUUCCUCGUCGAAGCUCACCCAAAGACGGAUAACCCACUUCAAGACACGGAUGAUACAGAGAUACACAUUCGAAAGCGUUGCAUAAGGCUCAAUGGACACUCUGUUAUAACCAAGGAAACAUUGGACAAUAAUUCAAAUGACGAAAAUGAAUUUACCUCUAAUGCCCAGGUAUACGAGGUCCGGAACUGGUUGCUCCAUAUCCUCUUCCUGGUUUCGGCGAGUCUAGGACAUGAAAUCUUCUACAUCACCUUCUUGCCCUGCCUCCACUGGAACCUGGACCCCUUCCUGUGCCGACGCCUUGUCAACAUGUGGGCUCUGGUGAUGUACAUCGGCCAGGUCCUGAAGGACGUGCUGAAGCUGCCCCGUCCCCUGUCGCCCCCCGUGGUGAAGCUGGAGAGCCGCGUAGAGGCGGAGUACGGCCUGCCCUCCACCCACGCCAUCGCCGCCACGUCCAUCUUCUUCACCCUGCUCCUCAGUGCCCCCUCCCGGGUGCAGUUCCAGUUCGAGGUGGGUCUGCUGGUGGCAGUGGUGAUGUCCGGACUGGUGUGCCUGAGCCGCCUCUACACCGGCAUGCACUCAGCUCUGGACGUGAUCUGCGGUGCCCUGAUCUCUGCUGUGGUGAUGCUGAUCACCUACCCAUAUUGGGAAACCUUCGAAGUCCUCCAGCUCACCAGCCCGUUGUCCCCCAUCGUGGCGUUGGCGCUGCCCCUGUUCCUGUGCUACACAUACCCCGAGCUGGACCAUUACAGCACCACACGGGGGGACACCACCACCAUCUUUGGAUCGGCCGCUGGCUGCUCUGUGGGUUACUGGGUCAACGAGCAGCUGGGGGAGACUUUUGAACCCCAGGGGGUUUUGCCCGUACCCCUGCCCUCCCUGACACUAGCUGGCCUGGCAAUGGGCACCGCCCGUUUCACGCUGGGCGUGGCUGCAUUGGUCCUCACACGGCAAGUGGCAAAAACAGUGAGUUUGAGGGUGCUGUGUUCGUGGUACAGAGUGCCUGUUCAUGACAGAGAAGCCAGAAGAAGAAAAGAAAUCGAAGUUCCGUAUAAAUUCAUCACCUACACUUUGGUCGGCCUGGUGAACUGCAUCGUGGUCAAUAGGUUUUUUAUACUGCUAGGGUUGCUAUGACACUAGUUUAGAGACUUACAAAUCAGCUUCUAGAUAGUCUGUUAUAAAAUAGUACCACAUAUUUAUCACUAUGUAUAACAAGAAUAUAUUGUUUUUAAGGGGACUAUUUUAUACGUGUAAUAAUGUUUUAUACUGACCUAUUAUUUUGUACAAAUAAAGUUAACUUAACACUGUCAAAGGAAAA